UUUUGGAGUGCUUCUUUGGGAAAUAGCUGAACAAAAGACCCCAUUUCAAAGUAUUGAAAAUGACAUUGUAGGAAUUCGUCAGAAUGUUCUUGAAAAUAAACGAGAACAAUUUUCUUUACCAUUGCAAGUUCCAGUUGAGUGGGCAGAUAUUGUUAAUAAAGCUACAAGCUUUGACUCUACGAAUCGCCCAGCUCUUGCGACUAUAUUUACGGAACUAUUUGACCUUUCUAAAAAACAUCUUCCGCAUCCUCCAGCUACUCGUCUUCCGUCAAAUCCAAGAUCCCUCUUUUCUGUUCAAACUGUUCAAGAUGCCAUCAAUAUUCAUAAAUCUAAGGGUGGUGAUCGUAAAACAGCAUUUAAAAUAUUUAGCGAAUAUGCGGAGUUAGGAGAUUCCACUGCAAAAUAUUGG